UCUUCACAUAAAUAUACCUGAAGCAGCUGUAUAAACGCACGUGUAUUUAUUAUUCAAAAUGCAAACGAGCUCCUGUGUAUCAUAAACACAUUUAAUAAGCGUGACUGGAGUCAGAGAAGCACAGCCUAUGGGGAUUCCCUGUGAGGAUUAGAGGCAUUAUAGUGACAGCUAGGGGGAUGUGCAGAAAUGCGCGCGCGCGCGCACUCACAUACACACACACAUACAUCAGCACAAAGCUGCUGUUUCAUCAUAAGGGCGCUGUGCGCUUCAGCAUCAGACCUUUCGAGUGGGGCAGUGGAGAGUGGGUCUCGUGGUAUGACUACUACAAACAAGGGCAACAAAGCACUAAAGGUGAAGCGAGAGCCAGGUGAAAAUGGCACAAGUCUUACAGAUGACGAGCUGGUGUCUAUGUCUGUGCGGGAGCUGAACCAGCACUUACGUGGUCUGUCGAAAGAUGAGAUCCUGCAGUUGAAACAGCGGCGGCGCACGCUCAAAAACCGUGGCUAUGCUGCCAGCUGCCGCGUCAAACGUGUCACACAAAAGGAGGAGCUGGAGAAACAGAAGGCGGAGCUUCAGCAGGAGGUGGAGAAACUCGCCUCGGAAAAUGCUAGCAUGAAGGUGGAGCUUGAUGUGCUGCGCUCCAAAUAUGAGGCUCUCCAGAGUUUUGCCAGAACUGUGGCCCGCAGCCCUGUUGCCACUGCCAGGGGCCCCAUCACAUCUGUCAUAGGGCCCCUCAUACCAGGAAAAGUGGCCGCCACCAGUGUCAUCACGAUUGUGAAGUCCAAAACAGAAGCACGGUCAUAAUGCACAAACGGGGAACAUUUGUAAGUAUAUUGGUCAGCGUAUUUAUCAGGCACAGGGUUACUUAUGUUAUAUGCCGUGAUAAAAUUCAGCAAGAUGAUCUGCUUUGUGACCAUAAAAAAUCUAAACAGACAACACUAAAGUCCCUCUGAUGUCAUUUACAACCCUUGUUGUUAAUGAACGACAAUUGUUAUCAGCGUAUCAUUUAUCGGAAUAUUUCACACUUGAGGUUCCACAAACAUUAUUAGAAAAAUAUGCCAUAUAUACUGAAAAAAAUUAUACUACAUAUUUUUAAGGUAAGGGGUGGCAAACAAUUUAUUUUAGUUACAUUUUGAAAAAAAUUAUUUUGAAAGUUAGUCAUCUAAAUGUGUUUAUUUAAAUGUAGCUAAGAUAAAUUGAUUGCAACAACUUAUCUUCAAAUUUCUUUUUAGAAAAUUCAAUUAAUCUUUUUUUUUUUCAGUGUAGUCACCGUCAUGUUAUACCAAACCAGAAUAACUUGGUCCAUGGAACACAAAAUUUGUUUUUGUGCUGCUUUUUUCCACACAGUAGAAAAUAUAUACUUACUAGCGAGUGUCACAAAAGUUUUUAAAAUGCACCAUAAAUGUAUCAUGAAAACAGUCACAUUGUAACAUUUAAACCUCUUGUGAUUAAAAACAAAACAACUGAUGCCAUUUGUCAUCACUUAGGGUUACAAGUAACAACAGUAGAUUACUUCUUAAAGUAGCUAUUAAAGUAACACAUUGCUUUUAAAUUUACAAAAAAAUAUCUGAGUUUUUCAAAUAAGUAACGCAAGUUACUUUGUUUUUCCAUUUAUUCAUUAUCACCUCUUCUAUCCUCAUGUUGAGUGAAAGGGCCUUUACAGUUGCCAAAAAUAUAACUUUUGGGUUUUUUGUUAUUAAAAAAACAAAUAAGCAAGCCAGGUUACAAAAAGUAACGUAAUGGAUUAAUUCCUAUAAAAAGUAACGCUAUAUUGCAAUGCACUACUUUUAAAAAUUAACUUUCCGCAACACCAUUUGUUAUGGACAUCAAACCUAAAGCAGUGCAUCUUAUGACACAAAAUAUAAAUACAUGCAUGUGCUAAUGGAAGAGAAGGAGAGAUUGUUAAUGAAUAAAUUGAAUUGGAGUGUGUUACUUAUGGAAAUAUUUUUAUCCUUUUUGGGGCUUGACAGACAUGGCCACUGUAUGCUUUUGGAAUGACAUGAACCCUCAUGUCAAUCCAAAAACAUUAAUUUUCUCAUUUUGGGUUAACUGUUCCCUUUCGCGCCAACUUGAGUUACCUGUGCUUGAUAUUGUCCACUGACUGAUAUACAGAUGGGGAAAAGUAAAUUUAUUCACUAUUCUAUCAGAAAUGGCGGUGUUCCCUUAAGACAUAUGGAUCUUGUAAUUCACAAAGCUAGCAAAAAUUCUUUUCAUCUAUCAGUUUUCUUUCCUGUUAAGUUCAAUUCCAUUAGUGGAAUGAUGUUUACAAGUUAUAUUCUGAGGAAUAUGACCAGGAGAGGCAAUAAACUACUGUAUUUAUGCAUGGGAGAGCAGAGGCUCUGUUGAGCUGUCUGGCAGGUGAUGUUCAUCUUUUGCAGACAUGAGAAAGCCUUUUCUUAAAGAUAUCGUAGAGAGAGGAGGCAUUUACUUGUUUUUAGAAAAGUUGGUAAACCGUGUUGGUAAAACUGAUCAUUCUAGCUUUGUUCGGCGUCGUAGAGCUGUAGUUUUGUUGUUCUGUGCUUUGUGUGGAUGGGCUGGUCUCAGUUAAUUUUCCCGAAGCAACCCAACACAAGCUUUAUUGUUGAAUUGUUAGCAAAUGCUCUCUGAUGUCUUACUCCAGCUACUUUGUUGUUUUUCUUUCCUGAAUAAGAGAAAAAAAAAGUUUAAUUUAAUUUAUUUAUAUGAACAAAAAAUAGUUUGAUAUCAAUUUUGCAAUUGUACCAAAAGUGGCUUAUUAUUGAAGUCUGAUUGCUUUUCUAGUAAGUAGGCGCGUGCAGUGGGGUAGCGCGUGGCGUGCUGUGUAUGUGGUCAGGUGGCAGUGUUGUUCACUCUGUAAGUGUCCAGCUGUAUGUAUUAAAUGAAUAUUAUAAAGUAAUAUUGAUGGUGUACAGAAGCCAGUUGUUCAUAUGGCUCCUUCCAUAUCUCUGUAAUGAAGAUGUCUUGCACUCAGAACAUCUGGGUUUUGUUGAAUGAUAUAAUUUCCAGCUUUACUGCAGCUAACUAUAACAAACCCAAUGUGUAGCUUCAUAAUGGUGCAUAGCCAGUCUGCAGUUCUCUUCCAGCACAGGUGGUUGGGAAAAACACAGUUUAUCCUUAAUGUUUGAGGGCAACAAAAAUAGCAAGACCUGAAUUUAAAGUUGAGGUUCUGUUCCAAAACCUAGUGAACUGUCCAUUUUAAGGCAUCAUAUAUGCUCUCCCAACAUGAAGACUGUUGAAAGCGACACCAAAUAAGGAAGUAUGGCAUGGCAUAGAACGAGUGACAAACUCGCUGAAAAAGAAAUGCAUCUAUCUGUUCUCCAAACCACUAUAUAAUAAACAGCCAAUUCUUCGUGAGUAAAAUAAGACAAGUAAAGAAAUAAGUAGAAUGCGACUUGAUUUGAAAAUCAAUGUCAGCUGAACAGGAAAGGUGGAUGAUGUUAUUACAUUUACAUUUAUUUAUUUGUAUAGUGCUUUUCACAAUACAAAUCGUUGCAAAGCAACUUUACAGAAAAUUACGUUUCUACUAUAUAUUUAGUAGUAGCUUAUCAGUGGUGACUGUCAGUUAAUGUACAUAUGGCAGAAAUGUACGGACAAAUUAAGACGUAAUUAAACAGACGAUGAAUAGUAUUAACAGCAAUUAUUAUAUGAUGCAAUCAAACAAUAUGAUGCAAUCAAACUCAUUUUUAAAAGGUUUGUAUAUAAAUUAACAAAAGUUGAGUUUUUUUAUCCAACACUUGUUUGUGGUAUUUAUUUAUUGUUCAUUAGACGUAUUGUUGGUUAAACUUAGCAACUUUCUAACAUCAAACUCUAUUGAAAUCAACUGUGAGUUCAGUGUUUUGACCUAUAUAGAAUAUUUUGGAUCAGUCACUUACAGUACGAGGCUCUUUUUUAGUUCUGAUGCUGCUUACCGUAUGUCUACAGACAGCAACGCAGUCCCUCACUAGGGUUUGGAACAGAGCUAUAAUAUUUAAAAAGUUAAUUGACUGUCAACCCUGUCAUCUUGCUCAUGUUCUAUAUCUGAUGGACAGAUGUUGUCUUUGGAUUCAGAGCAGAACUACAUACAGUGCAAAGAUGUUUGAAAUAAGCUUCAUGAGACUCCUCUGUGAGAGAUGAUCAGGGUAAGUGAAAUGCACUAAUGAAAUGGGCUUAUUUUAAUAUGCUAUUCCCUGUUGUUAUCUCAGGACAUACAGUAUGUUUAGUGUAAUAUAAAAAUAAAAAGCACCAGAAGUACUUCAUCUUGUCACCCUGAUUGAAAAUCAGCUGAAUCAGUGAAGUGAACAGAAUAUACAUAAAGUAAUGCAUAUGACUUUUUCGCUCUAUAUUCCAAGUCGUAUAAGGCUAAACAAUAAAAUGUAAUUUAUUCUUUGCAAAUCAUCCCCUUAAACAUCAGUUCUAAUAAAAUGUGUUCACUCUUAUACGAAAUAUUAUGCACAAUAUAACGUUUAUCAUUCUUAUUAAAUUAAAUGUGUAAUAAGCAGGAUAAUGUACAGAGGCAAAAUGAACCCUUCAGGGUGAUAAAAGGUCUAAUCCUGAUCACCUAGUGGGGCUUAUUUUACAGCCGAAACACAUUGCUAAGUAAUGAAGACAGCUUUCGUUUAUGGAUGAACUAUUCCUUUAAGGAGAAAUUAACACAUUAAAACUGAUUCACUGUGACAAGAAUGCACUGCCCUCUUACCUCAACUCCACCUCACAUUGUAGAUUCAAGGCCAGAUUCUGAAAACCUUUCUACCCGCCAUCAGAAAGAGGUUUUGCAACAGUAAAAUAUGCAUCCCACGUUAUCA